AUGCCUUCAGCAAUCGUUACCGGCGCGACUGGUAUCCUCGGCCGCGAGAUCGUCAACCGCCUCGGCGACAACUCAGAUCAGUGGCAAACAGUCUACGCCCUUUCGCGCUCUAAAAAGGGUGCCUUCCCCGCCAAUGCCCAGCACAAGUCGAUCGACCUGACGGGCUCAGCCGACGACAUGGCCGCGAGCCUCGAGGGCGUCCAGGCCGAGUACGUCUUCUUCGCCGCCUACCUGGAGCAGGACACGGAGCAGAAGGCCUGGGAUGUCAACGGUGCCAUGCUCGAGUCCUUCCUCGCGGCGCUCGAGCGCACCGGCGCCGCCCGGUCCAUCAAGCGCGUUGUUCUCGUCACGGGCGCCAAGCAGUACGGCGUGCACCUCGGCCCACCCAAGAACCCGAUGCUCGAGUCGGACCCCUGGCUGCGCGACGAGGGCCGAUUCCCGCCCAACUUUUACUACCGACAACAGGACGUGCUGCGGGCCUUCUGUGCGCGAACAGCCUCUUCGUCCGGCGGCGAGGGCGCGUCCUGGACCGUCACGUACCCGAACGACGUCAUCGGCGUGGCCAAGGGCAACUUCAUGAACCUCGCCACGGCGCUGGGUCUGUACGCUGCCGUCAACAGGGAGAUGGGCCGCGACCUCGCGUUCCCCGGGUCCGAGACGUUCUACACGCGCUUUGACUCGUUCACGGACGCGAGACUGCACGCCGAGUUUUGCGAGUGGGCGGCCCUCGAACCCAAGGCCGCCAACGAGGCGUUCAAUGUCGUCAAUGGCGAUAUCGAGAGCUGGCAGAACAUGUGGCCCAUGCUGGCGAGGCGGUUCGGCAGCAAGGUCAAGGAGGACCAGUUCGUCGGCGAGGGUGAGGACGCCGGCUCGAAGAAGCUCAAUGACCCGUCCCCCCUCAGCAUCUUUGAGGCCGAGUCGGGUCUCAGGGGCAAGGUCGAACCGGGCAACCUCGAGUAUAGGACUGAUCUCGUCAAGUGGAGCCAGCGUGACGAUGUCAAGGAGGCAUGGGAGAGGCUGGCUGAGCGCGAGGGCCUCGACAAAGAGGCUUUCGAGAAGGCGACUUGGGGAUUCUUGGUUUUCAUUCUGGGCCGGGCCUAUGAUCUCGUCAUCAGCAUGAGCAAGGCGAGGGAGAUUGGAUGGACUGGUUACAAGGACACGUGGAAGGCUUUCUCCGAUGUAUUUGCGCAGCUGGAGGCUGAGAAGGUUCUGCCCAAGACUCACUGA